CUAAAUGGGAUGAGGGAGUCGAGAAGUUGAAGAUGAAGCCCAGAGCAGAGUGCUGUUCUCUCAAGUUCUGGUUGGUGUUGGCUGUCCUGGUCGUGUCAGGCAGCAGAGCUCGCUCUCAGAAGAGCCCCCCCAGCAUCGGCAUUGCCGUCAUCCUCGUGGGCACUUCAGACGAAGUGGCCAUCAAGGAUGCCCACGAGAAAGAUGACUUCCACCAUCUCUCCGUGGUGCCUCGUGUGGAGCUGGUAGCCAUGAACGAGACUGACCCAAAGAGCAUCAUCACCCGCAUCUGUGAUCUCAUGUCUGACCGGAAGAUCCAGGGGGUGGUGUUUGCUGAUGACACAGACCAGGAAGCCAUCGCCCAGAUCCUGGAUUUCAUUUCAGCACAGACUCUCACCCCCAUCCUGGGCAUUCACGGGGGCUCCUCUAUGAUAAUGGCAGACAAGGAUGAAUCCUCCAUGUUCUUCCAGUUUGGCCCGUCCAUUGAACAGCAGGCUUCUGUGAUGCUCAACAUCAUGGAAGAAUAUGACUGGUACAUCUUUUCUAUCGUCACCACCUAUUUCCCUGGCUACCAGGACUUUGUAAACAAGAUCCGCAGCACCAUCGAGAACAGCUUCGUGGGCUGGGAGUUGGAGGAAGUCCUCCUACUGGAUAUGUCCCUGGAUGAUGGAGAUUCUAAGAUCCAGAAUCAACUCAAGAAACUCCAAAGUCCCAUCAUUCUUCUUUAUUGUACCAAGGAAGAAGCCACCUACAUUUUUGAAGUGGCGAACUCAGUAGGGCUGACGGGCUAUGGCUACACAUGGAUUGUGCCUAGUCUGGUGGCAGGAGAUACAGAUACUGUGCCCUCAGAGUUCCCCACUGGGCUCAUUUCUGUAUCAUAUGACGAGUGGGACUAUGGUCUGCCUGCCAGAGUGAGAGAUGGGAUUGCCAUCAUCACCACUGCUGCUUCUGACAUGUUGUCUGAACACAGCUUCAUCCCCGAGCCCAAAAGCAGUUGUUAUAACACCCACGAGAAGAGAAUCUACCAGUCCAAUAUGCUAAACAGGUAUCUGAUCAAUGUCACUUUUGAGGGGAGAAAUCUGUCCUUCAGUGAAGAUGGCUACCAGAUGCAUCCAAAACUGGUGAUAAUCCUUCUGAACAAGGAGAGGAAGUGGGAGAGGGUGGGGAAGUGGAAAGACAAAUCCCUGCAAAUGAAGUACUACGUGUGGCCCCGCAUGUGUCCUGAGACUGAAGAACAGGAGGAUGACCACCUGAGCAUUGUGACCCUGGAGGAGGCACCGUUCGUCAUUGUGGAGAGUGUGGACCCUCUAAGUGGAACCUGCAUGAGGAACACAGUCCCCUGCCAGAAGCGCAUCAUCUCUGAGAAUAAAACAGAUGAGGAGCCAGGCUACAUUAAAAAAUGCUGCAAGGGGUUCUGCAUUGAUAUCCUUAAGAAAAUUUCUAAAUCUGUGAAGUUCACUUAUGACCUUUACCUAGUGACCAAUGGCAAGCAUGGGAAGAAAAUCAAUGGAACCUGGAAUGGUAUGAUUGGAGAGGUGGUCAUGAAGAGAGCCUACAUGGCAGUAGGAUCACUCACCAUCAAUGAAGAACGCUCAGAGGUGGUCGAUUUCUCUGUGCCCUUCAUAGAGACUGGCAUCAGUGUCAUGGUGUCGCGCAGCAAUGGGACUGUGUCCCCUUCUGCCUUCUUAGAGCCAUUCAGUGCGGAUGUGUGGGUCAUGAUGUUUGUGAUGCUGCUAAUCGUCUCAGCUGUGGCUGUCUUUGUCUUUGAGUACUUCAGCCCUGUGGGUUAUAACAGGUGCCUCGCUGAUGGCAGAGAGCCAGGAGGCCCAUCUUUCACCAUUGGCAAAGCUAUUUGGUUACUCUGGGGUCUGGUGUUCAACAACUCCGUACCUGUGCAGAACCCAAAGGGGACCACCUCCAAGAUCAUGGUGUCCGUGUGGGCCUUCUUUGCUGUCAUCUUCCUGGCUAGCUACACUGCCAACUUAGCUGCCUUCAUGAUCCAAGAGGAAUAUGUGGAUCAGGUUUCUGGCCUGAGUGACAAAAAGUUCCAGAGACCUAAUGACUUCUCACCCCCUUUCCGCUUUGGGACAGUGCCCAAUGGCAGCACAGAGAGGAAUAUUCGCAAUAACUAUGCAGAAAUGCAUGCCUACAUGGGAAAGUUCAACCAGAGGGGUGUGGAUGAUGCCUUGCUCUCCCUGAAAACGGGGAAACUGGAUGCCUUCAUCUAUGAUGCAGCAGUGCUGAACUACAUGGCAGGCAGAGAUGAAGGCUGCAAGCUGGUGACAAUCGGAAGUGGGAAGGUCUUUGCUUCCACAGGGUAUGGCAUUGCCAUACAGAAAGAUUCUGGGUGGAAGCGCCAAGUGGACCUUGCUAUCCUGCAGCUCUUUGGAGACGGGGAGAUGGAGGAACUGGAAGCUCUCUGGCUCACUGGCAUUUGCCACAAUGAAAAGAAUGAAGUCAUGAGCAGCCAGCUGGACAUUGACAACAUGGCGGGUGUUUUCUACAUGUUGGGGGCAGCCAUGGCUCUCAGCCUUAUCACCUUCAUCUGCGAACACCUUUUCUAUUGGCAGUUCCGGCAUUGCUUUAUGGGUGUCUGCUCUGGCAAGCCUGGCAUGGUCUUCUCCAUCAGCAGAGGAAUCUACAGCUGCAUCCAUGGGGUGGCCAUCGAGGAACGCCAGUCUGUGAUGAAUUCCCCCACCGCUACCAUGAACAACACACACUCCAACAUCCUGCGCCUGCUCCGCACAGCCAAGAACAUGGCGAACCUGUCUGGUGUGAACGGCUCCCCACAGAGCGCCCUGGACUUCAUCCGCCGUGAGUCAUCCGUCUAUGACAUCUCUGAGCACCGGCGCAGCUUCACACACUCUGACUGCAAGUCCUACAACAACCCGCCCUGCGAGGAGAACCUCUUUAGCGACUACAUCAGUGAGGUGGAGAGAACGUUUGGCAACCUGCAGCUGAAAGACAGCAACGUGUACCAAGAUCACUACCACCACCAUCACCGACCACACAGCAUCGGCAGUGCCAGCUCCAUCGACGGGCUCUACGACUGUGACAACCCGCCCUUCACCACCCAGCCGAGGUCCAUCAGCAAGAAGCCCCUGGACAUCGGCCUGCCCUCCUCCAAACACAGCCAGCUCAGCGACCUCUACGGCAAGUUCUCCUUCAAGAGCGACCGCUACAGCGGCCACGACGAUUUGAUCCGCUCUGACGUCUCGGACAUCUCCACCCACACGGUCACCUAUGGAAACAUUGAGGGCAACGCGGCCAAGAGGCGUAAGCAGCAAUAUAAGGAUAGCCUGAAGAAGCGACCAGCCUCGGCUAAGUCCCGGCGGGAGUUCGAUGAGAUCGAGCUGGCCUACCGCCGCCGACCACCCCGCUCCCCUGACCACAAGCGCUACUUCAGGGACAAGGAAGGGCUACGAGACUUCUACCUGGACCAGUUCCGAACAAAGGAGAACUCGCCUCACUGGGAGCAUGUGGACCUGACCGAUGUCUACAAGGAGCGGAGCGAUGACUUCAAACGUGACUCUGUCAGCGGAGGAGGGCCCUGUACGAACAGGGCGCACCUCAAGCACGGGACCGGGGAGAAACACGGUGGGGUCGGCGGGGUGCCAGCCCCCUGGGAGAAGAACCUGACCAAUGUAGACUGGGAGGACCGGUCCGGUGGCAACUUCUGCCGCAGCUGCCCCUCGAAGCUGCACAACUACUCCACGACCGUGGCAGGUCAGAACUCGGGCAGGCAGGCGUGCAUCCGGUGUGAGGCUUGCAAGAAAGCAGGCAACCUGUACGACAUCAGCGAGGACAACUCCCUGCAGGAGCUGGACCAGCCGGCUGCCCCUGUGGCGGUGCCAUCCAAUGCCUCCGCCACCAAGUACCCUCAGAGCCCGACUAAUUCCAAGGCCCAGAAGAAGAACCGGAACAAACUGCGCCGGCAGCACUCCUACGACACCUUCGUGGACCUGCAGAAGGAGGAAGCCGCCCUGGCCCCGCGCAGCGUGAGCCUGAAAGACAAGGGCCGAUUCCUGGAUGGGAGCCCCUACGCCCACAUGUUCGAGAUGCCAGCUGCCGAGAGCACCUUUGCCAACAACAAGUCCUCAGUGCCCGCCGCCGGACACCACCACCACAACAACCCCGGAGGCGGCUACAUGCUCAGCAAGUCUCUCUACCCUGACCGGGUCACGCAAAACCCUUUCAUCCCCACUUUUGGGGACGACCAGUGUUUGCUCCAUGGCAGCAAAUCCUACUUCUUCAGGCAGCCCACGGUGGCGGGGGCGCCGAAAGCCAGGCCAGACUUCCGGGCCCUUGUUACCAACAAGCCGGUGGUCUCGGCCCUCCAUGGGGCUGUGCCAGGCCGUUUCCAGAAGGACAUCUGUAUAGGGAACCAGUCCAACCCCUGUGUGCCUAACAACAAAAACCCCAGGGCUUUCAAUGGCUCCAGCAAUGGGCACGUUUAUGAGAAACUUUCUAGUAUUGAGUCUGAUGUCUGA